AAGGUACAAAAUAAGAGUUUGAUUUGGAGGAUUCAAACUUCUUACAUUUUCACCAUAGAAACCAAUAUUCAAGUAGUUCUACAAAAAUGUUACAACUUUUAUUUGCACUUUUGUCAAUAGAAUUAACAGUAAUUCUAAUACUAUCUUUUGCAAAUCCAAUACGAAAAUUAAUGGUGAAGGUGUUAGACCUUUUGAAGCGUGGAAGGGGUCCAUUAAUCAUAAAAACUAUAGCAACCACUGUAUUUAUUGUAUUUGGUUCCACCAUAUAUACUAUACUCAAAAUCCAUAAACGUUCAAUGGAUGCUGGCAUGGUUAAUCCAACAGAGGAAGUUCUAAUGGCACAUCAUCUCUUAGAAGCAUCUCUUAUGGGUUUCUCGCUAUUCUUUGGAUUGAUGAUUGAUAGGCAACACUACUAUAUUAAAGAGAUCACUUCAUUGAGGAAGAAUGUGGAAAAAUCAAAGAAACAAAUCCACAAUCACGAACCUCCAAAGAGAAGAGAGAUAGAGGAAACUGAGAAGAAAAAAGAUAAUUAAAUGGAAUGAACAAUAUAUGUGUAUACUUCUCCUAAACAUGUCUGUAUGUGUAGUUCAUUUAAAUUAUUUAUGCUACUUUUUAGUUAACAAUUAAAAAAUGAACGAUAAUUAAUGAACGAUAUAUAUGAAACUCACAAAUCGAGAAUUGCAUAUCAAA